AGAAGUUAUAGAAGAUUGGAAGAUUGAAGAAAAGAUGGCAUCUUGCAUACUGAAACGACUUUCAUCCUCGAAAAAACAGUUAUGUCUUUUGCUCAGAUUAGAACCAACAGCAAAGAAUCCUGCUGCCACCAGGCAUCUUUCAUUUACUUAUCAACCUGAAACUGCAUCAGCUGCACAUGGAGAAACAACUCGCAUGAAUUUUUUCCAGUCUAUUACAAGUGCUCUUGAUACAGUUUUAGAAACAGAUCCAACAUCUGUGUUAUUUGGAGAAGAUGUGGCAUUUGGUGGAGUGUUUAGAUGUACCGUUGGACUCAAAGAUAAAUAUGGAAAAGAUAGAGUAUUCAACACUCCAUUAAGUGAACAAGGUAUUGUGUCAUUUGGUAUUGGUAUUGCAGCAGCAGGAGCUACAGCUGUAGCAGAAAUACAGUUUGCAGAUUAUAUUUUCCCUGCAUUUGAUCAGAUUCACAAUGAAGCUGCAUACUUUAGAUAUAGAAGUGGAAAUCAGUUUGACUGUGGUGCGUUAACUAUUCGCACUCCAAGUGGUGCCGUUGGUCAUGGUGCUUUAUAUCAUUCUCAAUCACCAGAAGCAUAUUUUGCACAUAUUCCAGGUUUAAAGGUUGUAAUACCAAGAGGGCCAAUUCAAGCUAAAGGGUUAUUGCUUAGUUGUAUCCGUGAUAAAAAUCCAUGUAUAUUUUUUGAACCAAAGAUAUUAUAUAGAUCAGCUGUAGAAGAUGUACCAUCAGGAGAUUAUAUGAUACCUUUAUCAGAAGCAGAGGUUCUUGUUGAAGGAAGUGAUAUGACUUUAGUAGGAUGGGGCACACAAGUUCAUGUGUUACGAGAUGUAGCUUUGAUGGCCCAGGAAAAAUUAAAUAUAUCUUGUGAAUUGAUAGAUCUGAAGACAAUUUUACCCUGGGAUGUUGACACAAUAGCUAAAUCUGUUGUUAAAACAGGGAGAUUAUUAAUAGCACAUGAAGCACCUAUAACAGGUGGAUUUGCUGCAGAAAUAGCUUCAACUAUACAGUCUGAAUGUUUUUUAAAUCUUGAAGCACCUAUAUUACGGGUUUGUGGCUAUGAUAUUCCAUUCCCGCACGUAUUUGAACCAUUCUAUUUGCCAGAUAAGUGGCGAUGUUUUGAAGCUGUGAAGAAAUUGUCUAGUUAUUAAAGCGGGUGUGUUCAAAAUAUAGAUAUAGUGAAUAUAAAUAUAAAUAUAGUGAUUAUAUACUCUCUAACAACUAUGUAAAUAACAAUUACAUAUCGGAACUCGGUAUGCUGUGUAAACUAGUAAAUAAAUAUAUAUAGAUAGGCAUAUUCAAUUGAAAAAUGGUAUGUAUAUAUGUACAUGUUUUGAGAUAUAUUUUGACUACAAUAAGUGCAUCAAAGAAUGGACAGAUACAAAGGUAAGAACUGUUCGAGUUUAAAUGUUGUUUGAUUUUGAUUUCUCUUUUGAAAGAUUUAUUUUUUCUUUGCUUCAGUUAUUUUCAUAUCUUUGCUGAGCUGGCAAAAGGUUGUUUAUUUGUUAAUUAUUUUAGUAUCUUUUAGAUACAUACUUUAUUAUAAAUAUAAUUUCUUAUCCCAACUAUGAGUUUAGGUAAACAUUUACACAAAACCUCGUGUUUUAGGAUGUGCAAAUAGCUAAAAUACAGAUGAGUGAGGUCAAACUUCUUUUACAGAUACAUUUAUUGAUGAUGUAACUAAGCAUCCAUGAGUUCACUCUUCUUUGUUGUAUAAAUAUAUAAGAGUGUCAUAAGCUGGUGAAACACAAUAAUAAAGAAGGGAUUAAAUAAAAACAUUAGCAAAGGAUUAUUAAAUAGAGUUACCUCCCCACUUCUGAGAGGCAUAAUUAAUUUUGUUCUCAUUAUAGAUUUUCUAAACACAAACGUACAAUUAAUUUAUUUUAUCACCUUUUAAUAACAAGAUUUUUAAAAUCAUGAUUAUUCAUAAAUGCUGAUAUGAUAUUUGUGUUUCAAUAUAAACAUAUAAUAUGUAUUUUUAAAGAUACAUUAUGGGAGAUUAGAGAAAGAGCUGGUAGUUUUCAGUAUAAUAGUUAAAAACUAGAUAAUGUAAAGGGAAUUAGCUGGAAAUUUCAGUCAAAUUGAUCCACUCUGAACCGAGAAAUUAGCGAUUGAUUUUUAGGCCUACCCUUGAUCAUCAUUACUAUGGUCCGUACGAUAAAAAACAUAGUCUCGAUUAUCCAUUUUUUGAUUUAAUCAUCAAUGAGCAUUGAGCAGCAGAUUGGAUUCCAAUCCAGUAAAUAUCGCAUGCUAGCAAUGACAUCGAGAGUUGAUUAUGGUCUGGAUAAGUUAAUUAAUGUCUAAUUAAUAAUUUAGAUAACAUUUCAGGCCUAAAAUAAGACCUGCAUAGGCAGUUUUAGCUCUUGCAUAAUGUAUGUUUAAUAAAGAAUUCCACUAUGAUACAGUAUAUAUAAAAAGAUGAAAAGCAGCAAAGAAUGGAUACCCAUGUAUUUCCAAAUAUAGAGUAGUAUAAUAUAUUAUUUAGUGUUAUUAAUGUUUUGUUCUGUUUUUGUUGAGUUUUUUUUUAUAUUAUUAUUUUGGGUGUUACUACUAUGGCAAUUCUAUUGUAAUGAGGUUAAUCAAUCUUAUUGUGAAUCUCUAUGUAGGAGUGUAUAUUGUUUAAUAAUCAAUAUUCAUUUAUUUUAAAUUAUAGGCUUAGCCAAAUUACCAGAAAAGCUGAUAGUAUAGUUUUAAAUUUAUUUUCAAUAAAAUCUAUCUAGUUUUACUACUCCUGCUUUGUUUUGAAAUCCUUGAACAAAAACAGAUUUUUGUUUCCACAGUUUGUUCAUAUUACCCUAGAUCAGUGGUGGGCUAAACACAAAGUUUUGAAACAAAUGUCAUUUUAUUGAAUAAAGUAAUAUGGAACAAAGUACUUUAUUUUUAACAUUAUCCUUAUUAGGCACAUUAAAAAAAAUGAAUUUAGUGGGAACAAUGGUACUGGGAUUUGUCAGACAAACAGUUUUAUAGUCAACCUCUAUAUCAACCUUUCUGCGCUUUUUAUUUGACUCCAUAGUUAUAUUUAGAGAAAAAUCAAAGCAUGUCAACAAAUCAAACAAUAACAUAAAAUGAAAGUAGGCCCAAAUCAAGUGACAUCAAUUAGGCAACUAUGUCAUUGAGUGACGCUGCAAACUAUAAACAGACCUACAAAGAUUAUUGAUCCUUACAGAGAGUAACGCCUGUUUAGAGUUUGAGCCCAACAAUAAGCAAUUUUGAUUUUUUAUUUCAUUUAGAGAUAAAAUUUCUCAUAAAUUUUCAGAUGUAGUGGAAGGGUCUGGCGGGCCGCAUGACACGGCUUCGCUGGACAAUGGGGUGAGAGUUUAGUUACCCUUAGUCUUAUUUCUGACAUGGUUUUUCUGAUCCGCUUUAUCAGAAAGGGUUAAUCUUGUUUGGUUCAUACAUGUUAAUUUGAAUUAAAAAUAUAAAUGUACAACGAUCUGAGCUUAAAGUUACAGGUGGACAUAAGUAUUUUGGAUCGAAUGUAAAAUUAAGAAUUUAUUGUAUUAAAGACGUAUAAUGUGAAUGUAAAUACAAAAUUUAUUAUGAAGUUGU